AUGGUACGCAGAGUUUCAGCAUCCAUUUUGGAGUUGCUGUUCAGUGCGCGGCACGACCGCAGCGACAGCAAAUCGAGCGGGCUCACAGACUGGGCCGACGAAUUACAAAAUUUAUUAUUAUUAUUAUUAUUAUUAUUAUUAUUAUUAUUAUUAUUAUUAUUAUUAUUAUUAUUAUUAUUAUUAUUAUUAUUAUUAUUAUUAUUAUUAUUAUUAUUAUUAUUAUUAUUAUUAUUAUUAUUAUUAUUACACCAUUAUAAUUGA